UGUUAAUUUGUGAUUAUAACUUUUGUGUGGUUUCAUUGACUAUUUAACAUGGUCACAAAUUCACAACUUAAAACAAAUUUCCCGCAAAAUUGACCGGAUUCUAAUUGAAAUUCAAGGCCAGCGACAGCUUUCAAAUUACCCCACUUUCUUUUUUCCGUCCAUGUAUAUAUAUAAUUAAAGGCCAAUUGUAGAAACCUGACAACGAAAUUGAAUUUGAAGUUAUGGCAAAAUGCACCCUCCUCCUUUUAGGCCUCCUGCUUGCUCUUGGUUGUGCAUUGACAAGUAGUAAAUCUAUCAAGGCAAAGCAUCUAGAUGCUGAAUCUAAGACUUUGGCUUCCCUCAACCGGAGCAGUUUUCCGAAGGGUUUCGUGUUCGGGACAGCUUCAUCCGCCUACCAGUAUGAAGGUGCUGCAAAAGAAGGUGGUAGAGGACCAUGUAUAUGGGAUACAUACAUGCACAAGCAUCCAGAGAGAAUAACAGACCACAGCACCGGAGAUGUCGCCGUUGAUGAAUAUCAUCGCUAUAAGGAAGAUGUUCAAAUUAUGAAGGAAAUUGGUUUAGAUGCUUACAGAUUUUCAAUCUCAUGGUCUAGAGUGAUACCAAAAGGAAAGCUAAGUGGGGGUGUGAACUAUGAAGGAAUCAACUAUUACAAGAACCUCAUCAACGAGCUUCUAGCUAAUGGUCUAACCCCAUUUGUCACAAUUUUUCACUGGGAUCUUCCCCAAGGUUUGGAGGAUGAUUACGGUGGUUUCUUAAGUCCUAAUAUUGUGGAUGAUUUUCAAGAUUAUGCAGAGCUUUGCUUUAGAGAGUUUGGUGGCAAAGUUAAGCAUUGGAUUACAUUGAAUGAGCCAUUGAGUUAUAGCAAGAAUGGGUAUGCAACUGGGAAGUAUGCACCCGGACGAUGUUCUGAUUGGCUAAAAUUAAAUUGCCUUGGUGGAGAUUCAGGGACGGAGCCAUAUUUAGUGACGCACUACCAACUUCUAGCUCAUGCAGUUGCUGUAAAAUUAUACAAAGACAAAUAUCAGGUAUCACAAAAGGGAUCGAUAGGUAUAACGUUGAACACAGAUUGGUUUGUGCCAGUUUCUGACGAAAAGAAAGACAAAGAUGCUGCAUCACGAGCAUUGGAUUUCUCUUAUGGAUGGUUUAUGGAUCCCUUGACAAAGGGUCACUAUCCACAGACCAUGCAAUCUCUUGUUAAAAACCGAUUGCCCGAGUUCACUAAAGAGCAAUCCGAGAUGCUAAAAGGUUCAUUUGAUUUUAUUGGACUAAAUUACUACUCAGGAACGUAUGCAGCAGAUGUACCUCGUCAAAAUGAUGCAAAACCAAGCUACAAGACAGACGCUCUUGUUAAUCAAUCAGUCGAGCAUAAUGGCGUCCUCAUUGGUCCACUGGGUGCUUCUGACUGGCUCCAUGUUUACCCUAGAGGAUUUCGAGAUUUACUACUUUACACAAAGCGAAACUAUCAAAAUCCACUUAUUUACAUCACAGAAAAUGGGUACGAUGACCCUAAUGAUCCCAAAAUUCCAAUGGAGGAAUCCCUUGCCGAUAAGAAAAGAAUCGACUAUCUUGAUCGCCAUCUUUAUUAUCUUCAUAAAGCGAUCCAAGAUGGUGUUAACGUGAUGGGAUAUUUUAUAUGGUCAUUAUUUGACAACAUAGAAUGGAACACCGGUUACACCGUUAGGUUCGGCAUCAACUACAUAGACUUCAAAGAUGGGCUGAAAAGACAUCCUAAACAAUCAGCGAACUGGUUGAAGAAGUUUCUUAAAACGGAAAAACAUGUGGAACUUUAAACCUAAGUUCUCUUGACAUUGCUUUGCUGAGGGUCUUCUAGGCUGUUGGAAACUGGUGUUUGAUAACAUAUGGAUUUUAUAAUGGUAAAUUAUGGAGAUGCCUGGGCCUUAACUUGAGAAACACCACAGACGGCAAAAACAGUUGAUUAAAAGUUUAAACUGGCAAUGAUUUAGACUAUUUAUGAAAUGUUUAGGAGCUAAGAUGUUACUCUUUUGUCGCCUUCCUCUGUUUUUCAACAACCAUAUAUAUAAUUAUAUAUGAUAUC